UGGAUUUUAUUCUUAAAAUGUCCAAUGCCGAAGUAGCCUAAAAUCCAGAUCGUCCAAUGCUUGACAACUAUAGACAUGACUUUGAAGUGCCCUGCAGUUGCAGAAAGACUCCAGACCUCCAGCAAUCUCUCAGAAAACGCCCAUGUGAAGCCAGCACUGAAGGUGGAGGAGGUGGAGGACGGAGAGAUGAGCGUUCCUCAAAUCAUUGUGCCCUCAGAGUUAGACUCAAUGACCCUCACUGUUCCUGCAACCAAUCUGACAUCCCGCAGUAAAGCUGUGGAUUCAGAAAGAACGCAGGAGGAGAUGGCUCCUGGAGAGGAAGAUGACUUGAACAUGUCUGAUCUGCUUAAUGUGAAUGAAGGUCUUGAGCGCCCAGCGUCUGCAGCCAGCCAGACAAGCAUUGUCGUGAAUGAGCGUCUGCAGGAGCUGGUCAAGCUGUUUAAGCAGCGAACGGACCAUGCGAGAGACAGACUGGUCGAUCCAGAUGAGUCUGAUGAUGAAAGCCCUUCAGCAUCUCCGGCCAAAAAGCCUGGUGAAGCCCCACCUCCACCACCUCCUCCAGAGGAAAAGAAAGAUGAUGAGGAGAAGGCUGAAGAGGAGGUUCAAAUCUACGAGUUUAUGGGAUACAAGUUCCCGGUUCCUCAGUUCAAAAUGCCCCAGAUUCCUGCGUGGCUGAGAGCCAUCCUGAACUACCGUUUCCCAUCCAGCAUUGAUCCCUACACAGACUUGAUCUACGUGGUGUGGCUGUUCUUUGUGACGUUCGCGUGGAACUGGAAUGUUUGGCUGAUCCCGGUGCGCUGCACUUUCCCGUACCAGACGCCUGACAACAUUCACUGGUGGCUGCUGAUGGAUUACUUAUGUGACGGCAUUUAUCUUCUCGACAUCUUCGUUAUGCAGCCCAGACUGCAGUUCGUGAGAGGAGGGGACAUCGUGUGUGACAAAGACGAUAUGAGAGACAACUACAGGCAAACAGAACGAUUCAAGAUGGAUGUGAUCAGUCUCUUUCCGCUGGAUUUGCUGUACUUCUUCACAGGCGUCAAAUCCCUCUUGAGGUUCCCUCGCCUUCUAAAGUACAAUGCAUUCUUCGAGUUUAAUGAUCGUCUGGAAGCUGUGAUGAGCAAGGCCUACAUUUACAGGGUGAUCCGGACGAGUGCGUACCUGCUGUAUUCUCUGCACUGUAAUGCCUGUAUCUUCUAUUGGGGUUCUGACUAUGAAGGACUGGGAUCUACCAAAUGGGUCUAUAAUGGCAAAGGAAACAGUUAUAUUCGCUGCUACUACUUCGCUGUGAAGACUCUGAUCACCAUCGGAGGUUUGCCUGAUCCCACCACUGUCUUUGAAAUCGUCUUUCAACUCGUCAACUACUUCGUGGGAGUCUUUGCUUUCUCCAUCAUGAUUGGUCAGAUGAGAGAUGUAUUUGGAGCUGCUACUGCAGGUGAGGCCUAUUACAGACACUGUGUGGACAGCACCGUCAAAUACAUGAGCUCCUACAGGAUCCCCCGCGAGGUCCAGAACCGCGUCAAGGUCUGGUACGACUACACCUGGAAGUCGCAAGGCAUGCUGGAUGAACAGGAGUUACUCAUACAGCUGCCAGAUAAGAUGCGUCUGGACAUCGCUGCAGAUGUCAACUACAGCAUUGUCAGUAAAGUGGCGCUCUUUCAGGGCUGUGACAGACAGAUGAUAUUUGACAUGCUAAAGAGGCUGAAAUCUGUGGUCUACCUUCCUGGAGACUUUGUUUGCAAAAAAGGUGAGAUCGGCAGAGAGAUGUACAUCAUCAAAGCUGGAGAGGUGCAGGUGGUUGGAGGGCCUGAUGGGACGACGGUGUUUGUGACUCUGAGAGCUGGCUCUGUGUUUGGGGAAAUCAGUUUGCUGGCGGUUGGUGGCGGGAACCGGCGAACGGCGAACGUGAAGGCCCACGGUUUUGCUAAUCUCUUCAUCCUGGAUAAGAAGGACCUGGCAGAGAUCUUAGUGCACUACCCCGAAUCCCAGAAGCUGCUGCGCAAGAAGGCCAAGAAAAUGUUGACCAAAGAUAAGAAGCCGGCAGAUGAGAAGGGCCAGGCUAAAGAUACGGGUGAGGUCAUCCCGCAGAGGCCAGAGACGCCCAAAUUAUACAAGGCUGCGCUGGAGGUUGGCACAGGAGAGACUUUUGCCAGGCUGAAGGAGUCGUAUAAGGGAGCAACUCUAGAGCCGUCCACUCCCGUCUCCGGAAGGACCUCCACAGCUCCAGUGCCCCCUCCGUCCCCAAUGCACCGCCGUUCGCCCAUUCCCCGGCCUCGUGUCCCGGACGAAGAUGACAUGGUAUCGGAGACCACCGACAGCACCAUGAUCAUCCGCAUGACUCCCCGUGUUGAGGGAGAGGAGAUCCUCUCCGUGGAAGUCAGUCCCGGAGAGGGAGCGGAGCCAGAAGAGCAGAGCAAAACUGAAGACUAGAGAGAGAAAGGAUGAGGGCACGGACAAAGACCAGAGUAGGGAUAGGGUAGAUAGCCUGAAGAACGGCACGAUGCAUACAACCCUCGUCAUGCUUUCUGUAGUAGCAUGCUGGUGAAAGUCCUACACAUGCUUUUCAACCAGGUCAAGUCAAGACUCUUUGGAGAAUUUAUAGGCAUCUUUUCAGAAAAGAAACAUACUAUAAGUUCCUGAGAGAACUCUUAAGCUUCCAUUGGUUCUUCUAGUAAGUUCAUCGUAAUCAGAGUUUUUAAGGCAUUUGACGCAAGAUGAUGCACAAUAUCUGAAGGACCUACAUUUGACUAGAAGUUCUCAAAAUAUUACAUUUUUACAGUGGCGCUUUACAGUGUCUAAGGGUGUGUUUACACUUAUAGUAAGGUUUUCUUUUGGACUGGUUCAAAAAGUAAAUGUACAUUUAACCCUGGAUUGCUUAGCGUUCACAUUGUCUGCAUUGCUUUCGUAUUUUUCACCAAAGAUUUUUGGGAAGUGGGCAGAGACCUAACUUUUCUUGAGGUCUGAGUCCGCUUGUUUGGUGUGCACCGAGGUUCGAGUAUCAACAUUCAUAAACAUGCCCUAAAUCUUAUUUGAAAGUGAAGUGAGCUUCUGACAGGUAUUCCAGAAAGUAGAGUUAACUCACUCUCAAAUCUUUCUUCUGGUUAACGGUUCCAAUAGCAGAGAGUUCAGUCGACUCUGAGUAUGUUCACGGUGAACACACACAUACAAGUCUUCUCAAUUCGAAAGGCGUGCAACAAAGUACACUGUACUUUUUUUGAAUAAAUAAAUAAAUACCUCCUGUAUUGCCUAACCUUUCAACACAGUCUCACGACCAAUUCGUAUGUAUUUCACGAGGUGCCAUAUUUGUAGAAUUCGUUCAACCGUAGCGACGGGUAGUUUUUGGGGCGAGGUUAGGUGUAGGCCAUUUGUACAAAUUCAUGCAAAAACUUGUAUAAAUUUGUACGUGUGAAGUCGUACCAAUUCGUACGAAUUAACCACCUUGUAAAAUAUGAACGAACUGCCGUGAGAAAUAUAUUAUUUGUUUGAUACUAAAUUAGUAAAUAAAAAAA